AUGCACUAUAUCCGGUUUCUUCGGCCACCCAAGGUCGCCCGACAGGCUGGGCUCCAUCUGGAGCUGCUUUUUACAAUCACAACCGAUCUGGGAGACUCAUUUCUUCACCCAGAGGCACCUGUUGAUCUACAUAUAAUGGCGGAAAUAUACGAAUCUCCAAAGCAGUCAAGGCUGCAACUGACCAAAAAAGGCCAGGUCGUGUGGCAAUCCGGCAUGCGAGUGGUGAAACAAAACGUUGCCAUCCCCGGAUCACUGCAAACUGCCUUGGCAUCUGGAGCCAAGGUGGCUAUUUGCAUAACCACGAAUAAGGGGAUUUCUGCGCAUGGUGUGCAGAACAUCCUUUCAAACGCGUUGGAAGGUGACAGAAAAGGCCAAGUCAUGCCAAUCUGGGCGACGCUGAGCAACUCAAAUGAAGGUGCAGACGUGUCGACGCGAAGGAUCCUGCUAGACGACGAGGUCUCUGGCAAGUAUCUUGUUCAAGUUGAAGAAGAAAUUGGCGAGAGCAUCGCCCGGCACAUCUGGGAUGCUGGUGUGCUCGCAAUGUGCUCGAUCGCUGGCGCUUAUCUGUGCCCCGGCCUCAAAUGUAGCCAACAGACACUCCCUCGAGCCAUCAAGGCCACCCUAUCCUCCAAAAGCUCACUGAAUGUUCUUGAACUUGGGUGUGGGGUCGGGAUUCUGGGCAUCGGCCUUGCCACCAUCUUUCCAGAACUGCGGAAAGAAGGACUGGAAAAGUGCACAGUCAUGAUGACGGAUCUGGCUGAGGCCGAGGAAAGAGCCAGGUCCAACAUGCGACGAAUAGCCACGAGCACAUCGAAUCGCGGCCUCUCAUUACUCUACGAAAACCUUGAUUGGGAAGACGGAGGGAAAGGGCGGUUCGGCCCCGAAGUCGCAUCGCGCCAUUGGGACCUCGUCACCAUCAGCGACUGCACCUACAACGUUGACAUGCUGCCGGCACUCGUGGAGACUCUGGGUGCGAUAGAAAGCGCGAGUGCGGAGAAGAAGGUGGGCGACGCAGCAGGAACCAAGGUCUUUCUGGCGACUAAGCCGCGACAUGCAUCUGAGCGGGCUUUCUUUGACCUGAUGGCGAACGAGCAGUGGUCCAUUCAAGACAGCCAAACACUACAUCUGCCUGUGUUGGGCAACGAAGACGAGUCGAUAGAGCUCUACUUGUUCCAGAGGCAAUAG